GGGAACGAUCUAGGUUCCAAUUAAGAUACGCGCAAACGGCCAGCCACAAACGGCCAAGCCUAAUUUCUUUUGCGGUGAAAUUUGAGUCCCAGUGGCUUCAAUCCUUCGGUGCAUAAGUAUGGGGUUCCCAGCAAGACCAAAUCUUUUGUUCUAGACAUUUCAAUCGUUCCAUUUCGUUUCAAUCUGUCACUAUGAGGGUUUCAAUUCUUUCACUUAGUUUGUUGGCUUCAAGUUUUGCAUUGCUCGCGCUGGGCAAUCUUGAUUGUCAAGAAACAGUCCGUUUUCCAAUUACGUUGACAUGGGAGAAAGGGGCUCCAGAUGGAUUCGAGAGAGAUAUGAUCUUAAUGAAUGGCCAAUUUCCAGGACCAACUUUGGAAAUGAAGGAAGGAGCCAAUGUCGAGUUCACUGUAAUCAACAGACUACCCUUCGAAACAACAAUACAUUUCCAUGGCAUUGAGCAAUUGAAAUCUCCGUGGUCCGAUGGUGUCCCUGGAGUCACCCAAAAACCAAUCCCGCCUGGAAGUACAUUCGUCUACAAAUGGAAAGCUACUCAGUAUGGCACAUACUGGUACCAUGCUCACUUGGCCGGACAACUUGAAGAUGGACUCUUUGGUCCAAUUCAUAUCACACCUGCGAACGGAACGGCCAUGCCAUUUGAUUUGAUCUCAAAUACAAAGCAAGAUCUUCACCAACUAGCGUUAGCUGCUGCGAACCCUCAAAUUGUGAUGCUUUCAGACUGGAGUCAUUUUACCAGUGAAGAAUUGCACGACAUCAGUCUUGCUGCUGACAUUGAUCCUCUAUGCGGAGACUCAAUCCUGAUCAAUGGCAAAGGAUCUGUCAACUGUCCUGGAGUACCAUUUCUUAUGAGCCUCGUCCCACCUCCAGUGCUCCCAUUGCUCAGGGGAGCAAACUUAACUGACAAGGGUUGCCUUCCUCUUACGAACACCCUUGCACAGACAUCUUACCCUCACAAUUUCAGUGCUGUCCCUCCAACCCUGUUCGAGGGUUGCCAUGCCACUAACCCGGGAAAUGCUACGAUUAAUGCUGAUCCGCACAAGGGGUGGGUAAGCUUGAACUUUAUUAGCACUGCGAGUCUUCAAGAAAUGGUUGUCUCUAUUGAUGAUCACCCUAUGUGGCUGUAUGAAAUCGACGGCCGCUAUGUCGUCCCACAGUUGGUUGAUGCGAUGACGUUCUCCCAUGGCAGUCGACACUCUGUUUUCGUUCAACUGGACAAACCUGCACACAAUUACAUUCUUCGCGUAGCUGGAUCUGGUCUCAAUCAGAAGGUCUACGGCCAAGCCAUCUUUCGAUACAUAGGAUCCCCAGAUACCGUGAUCCCCCAUCCAUCAAUUAACUACUCUGGCGUCAACACAACUACAAACGUCAGAUUCCUCGAUGACAAGACCGUCGUGCCAUUCCCACCCGUCAUACCAGCCCAAACAGUCGACCAAACAUACAAGCUUCUUCUGAACCGCACCGGAGCAGCGUGGCAAUGGACCCUGAACAACGAUACCCCUUUCUCCCUCUCUCUUGAAGAGCAAACGCCACUACUAUGGGACCCGACCGAGCUUGCAGGGACUGGGUUAACUAUUACAACCAAAAAUAACACUUGGGUGGAUUUGAUUUUCUUGGUGACAAUCAGUGGUGGUCUACAGCCCCCACAUCCGAUCCACAAGCAUUCCAACAAAGGCCAUAUUAUCGGCUAUGGAGAGGGGGAAUUCAACUACACUGAUGUAGCUGAAGCGAUGAAAUACAUUCCCGAGAAUUUUAAUCUCAACAACCCACCGUACAGAGAUGGGUUCUACACCCUUCCCGCUGCUACAUCGUCUACUUGGAUGGUCGUCAGAUAUCACGUCGUGAAUCCUGGAGCAUUCUUGUUGCAUUGUCAUAUCAAUCCUCACUUGACUGGUGGCAUGGCCGUUGCAAUCUUGGAUGGCAUUGACGUGUGGCCCACAGUCCCGGCGGAGUAUGGACCUGGUGGAAACGGAGUGGCAAAGUGUUGAACUGUGGUGGCUUCGUUCCAUCAUGUACUGGCAAGAAUACUCAUAAUUUCUAAAUAUAAUUAUUUCUGG